UUGUUGAUUCUCAACCCGAAGGCACCUCAAUCCAUUGAACAGUUCAGACAAACAAAAGUUCCUCUCUCCUUAUCAAGUUUUGAAAAUCUCUAAUCCGAGCCCUAUCUGACAGCGGUCAGGUUCAAGAUUCUUACAGGUGUAAAAGAUGAGCAAAAACGGGGACAAACAGGUUGACAAGUGCACAUCGGUGACCAAUUCACUGCUGCCGGAUUCUAGCUCAUGUUCCGGUAGUUCCGGCGAUUGCUGGACCAAAAUCAGCUACAGUCCGUACGGUGGUUCCGGGAAGCGUUCCGAUCCGGUGAAUCAUGACGGGUUGAGUUCACUGUCUUCCGGGUCGUCGUCCUGCCAUGAGGAACCACUGGACGGAAGAUUCGAGAUCGAACUGCUCAGUUCGGAACCGGAAGAUUACGACGAAAGUGGGCAUCUGUUCCACAUGGACAUCAUGAAGAACAGUUUGAGCGAUAUAUCGCUGCAUUCUUCUACUAGGCGAAUCGGGUCGGGGAAGCCAGCGAAAGCUACCCAGAAUUUGUCCUUUUCGCGAGCACGCGUUCGGGAAAUCGAGCGUCACAAUCAAAUCCUGCUUCAAAGGAUCAUGACCAGCAAGCCAACGUUGAAAACGAAGCCCAAAAGUAAUGCAACUCCAAUCAAUACGGUAAAAUGGACAAUAAUUGCUCAAUUUGAAGACAUUCACAGCAAAUCAAACAAUUCCUUUCAGCCUGUCAUGAAUAAUUCGCGAAUAACGAGUGCAGCUGUCAAUCGAAGGAAGAAGCAACGCCAAAUCGAGAUCGAUAAUCAGUUGUUGCGAAAGAAGCUUGAGAAGAUUGAGCGUUCCCGGCGUACCGUGUGGUAACAAAGAAAACUCGAAGCUUAUCUUUUUAAUUUUGAAGAAAGCUAAUUUCUUACUAGAAGUAGAAUGACUACAUAUAGCUUAUAUACAUCAGAAACUUGAGGACUAUCACUGCUCUAUGCGCGCUUUUUUCGGACCAAGUAUGUUGAAAAGUGAAGGCAAAUUUUAUAAAAACAAUCUAAAUUUGAGAGAAGUGAAUAAAACAUGUUGCACAAA